CCACACUCUGGAAAAACCACACUGGUUGCCCGCUGAUAGCUUUAGCUGCAUGGCACAGUGGAUGCCGCUAGAAAAGCCUGUUACACUACUACACGGUUUUGAGGUGACCUAGCAAAGAUUACUGAUUAUGAGACAGAUGUGACUGCAGCUGAAUCACAGGAUGAAUAAAAGUCAUAGACUGAUAGAAAUGGAUCUGGCUUUAGGAUCAUCAAAGCUUUAUGGGUCGUCCAGGAGUAUUGUGAGAAGAAUCGCCACAAGUCUUCCUCUGGCACCCUGUCCUCGUGUCCAAUUUCAGCUUCAUCCGUUUACUGUUGGAGCGGGUUUCCUGAACAAUUCCAAUGGACCAAAUGGACUUGUGGCAACUUUCGCUGAUGUAGGCUGGAUCGACAGAGAAGAGAGUGAUGUAGCUGGCAAAACUAGUUUUAAAGCAGAUUCUGGGUUGUUUUUCCGCACUCAGCAGUGCAGGCCCCUGAGACGGCAGCGCUCUUUACCCAGCUUGCAUCAAGCUGAGCCUGCUCCUCAGAGCCAGGCAAUUAUCAAUGAUGAAGCGAUUCAGAAGAUCAGUGUUCUUGAGUCUGAGCUGGCCAAACUCAGAGCGCAAAUUGCACAGAUAGUUCAGGCUCAGGAGCAAAUUGCACAGUCCCCAGCUCCAGCUCCAGGUGGCCCUCCUGUCCCCAUGGCUCCACUGAUGGCACCAGUCCCGCCCCCACCACCACCACCACCACCUCCUCCUCCUCCAUGCUCCAGCAUGCAGAGGAGCUAUUCUGCCAUCAACCUCAUCAAAGAGCGCCGUGGGAAGAAGGCAGAGGACAACACAAUACUGGACCUAGAAUUAAAAAAGCCAGAGGUGCCCAGCAUGUUAGAUGUGCUGAAAGACAUGGGAAAAAUAAAGCUGCGCUCAGUUAAGAGUCGUCCGGCGGAUGGCCAAAUGAAACCCAAGCCUGUUGAGCCAACAGAUGCUACAGCUCUGAUUGCCGAGGCGCUGAAACGAAAGUUCGCUCACCGUUACCGUUCUGACAGCGAGUGUGAAAGCAGCUUUAACUUACCAGCCCCCGAGAAUACGGCCCAUGUGGAAACGCCACUGUUUGGACAGCAUAUGUUGAAAUCAACUGGAAGGAGGAAACCAUACUAAGAUGGACACACAUCGUGCAUAUAGAACACAUAAAGGGUUAACUUGAGUUAACCAGAGGACUUUUAAUUCCAAAUAGUGAGCUAACUUUUUUAUUUUUUUUGGCCCACAAAUAUUGUUUGUUCAUGUAAUCAAGCAUGCACAUGCCAAAACACUAUGCAGUCAAUCUGGUUUCACCUACUGUACAUGGGCAUUGUUGUGAAUUUUUGUAAUUUUGCACUUUGAAUAGUUCAUCUCUAUCAGUAUAUACAGUACAACAGUGGUCUCAUUGUAUACAAGUUCCAUGAAAAAAUGUUUUUAGUUUUAUGUAAGAUUUUAUGUGUUUUUAGUUUAAUCUGUUUAAAGUGAACAGAGCUCUAGUGCACACUAGUUGAAUUCCUUAUGUUUGAAGGGCUUGUAUUUAAAGCAAGUACUAAAGUGUACUGACUGUUCUGGUUGCCUUAUCAGUAGUAUUUUGGUAUUAUGAAAACAUAUUGUUUUCAAUGGUACAAUUUGAUGGAAAAUCACUACUUUCGUAGUUACAAGAUGUUACAAUGCUUUUUUAUUUUUUUUUUUCUACCACACUACAAAUUCUAGCCUUUCUGUAGAAACAAUUAUCAUCACACCUUCAAAGAUUGGUGAUCAUAAUUUGGAGUAGAAGGCACUAUGUCAGUACUAUUUGCUCAUGUGUUUUUAGAGCUUAUUUAAAAUGCAUUUUUGAUUGUAAUUUAUUUUGGAACAUUUUAUUGCGGUUCUGGAAGUAAUUUAGUUAUAUAACAAAUCACUUGAAUAAUGUAGAUUGUUUUUCACUUGAAACUGAUUGACAGGAAAACACGUUAUCUACAAAUACAUUAAGCUUUGCAUCUCUGUACCAUCUUUGAAGUAUAACUGGUUUAACUGACCAUAUCAUGAAAAGUGUGUUGACAGGGUUCGUUUCUUUGCACAUUUAAAGGGAUAGUUUACCCAAAUAUUUAAAUACUCUUAAUUUUCUCACCCUCAUGCCAUCCCAGAUAUGUAUGAUUUUCUUUCUUCUGCUGAACACAAUGAUUUUUAAAAGAAUAUCUCCGCUCUGUAGGUCCUUACAAUGCAAGUAAAUGGUGAUAAGAACUCUAAAAGCUCCAAAAAGGAGCGAGUCAGCAUAAAAGUAAUCCAUAUGACUAGUGGUUUAAUUUACGUCUUCUGAAGUGAUCCAGUUGGUUUGGAGUGAGAACAGACCAAAAUAUAACGCUUUUCACUGUACAUCUAGACAGCUGUCUCAAGCUUGAUUACACUUCCUGUAGCCCAAUCUAGUAGUCAGUGCAUGCAUCAACCACUAGGAAGUGUAAUUGAGCUUAAAGGCUGCAAUGGCAAGGUUUACAGUGAAACUUACUGGAUCGCUUCAGAAGACAAGAAUUAAGCAAUUCUGACUUCAUCUCCUUUUUAGAGCUUCUGAUCACCAUUCACUUGCCUUGUAUGGACCAACAGAUCUGAUAUAUUCUUUUAAAAAUCAUCAUUUGUGUUCUGAAGAAGUCAGUCAUGCACAUCUGGGAUGUUAAUUAGAUUGUUUUUCAAAACACAUCUGUUCAUUUAUAUGCACCAAAAAACAGGACAUAACUACCAAUUAAAGGCAGUGUAUUAGCAUUAUACUUUAACAUUUAUUAAUUCUAUUUCUCAUUUCAAGCUGUUUUAGAGUAAACCAACAUGGGGCAAGCACAUAGGAACAAUACCUCAAGAUUUAAGGAAAUGUUUUUGAGAUGUUUUUUCAUUAUACAUCUAAUACAUUAAUCUAUAAUCUAAUUGGAUAAUUUUUUUUUUCCCACAGUAA